CUCGAGUUUUUGCGGGCAGAAAGAAUACGGUUCAAGAUUGUGGCACAGAGUUUAAUGUCCUAGUUUGUCUUGAAUUUGCCGGUGGGAUAAGGGGAGAUGGCAGCCGUUUUGCUGCAGGCUCUGGAGCGGACGGAGUUGAAUAAACUCCCGAAAGGCGUCCAAAACAAGCUCGAGAAGUUCGUGUCGGAGCUGCAGAGCGCUAACGAGGCGCUGCGGACGCAGCAUGAGCGGCUCAAGGCGGACAGCGAGCAGCAGUACUUUGAUAUUGAGAAGAGGCUGGCUGAGAGUCAGGAGCAAAUUCUAACUGCCAGAAGAGAGCUACAGACCCUGAAAGAGGAAAAUAAAAAACUCAAUGAAGAGCUGAGCUCUCUGAAAGGAAUCGAGAAUGACAGCAACGGCAACGAAGAAAAGCCACCUCAACAGCAAACAAAGGCCAAGUAUGAGAUUGAGGCAGAGAGGAGAGAGUUGGAGAGAAUGCUGGAGAAGAGAACACAGGAGGUGGAGAACCUGACGGAGACUGUAAAGCGACUAAAUGAGAACCUAACAGACACCAGUAAAGUCAAGAUGGAGCUGCAGUUGAAAGUGGAUGAAAUACAGUCAUCUGCUACUUCUGUUCAGCAUCGGGAGAAACGCAUGGAGCAGGAGAAAGAGCUGCUGGAACAGAAAAUCGAGUGGUUAACUGCAGAACUGAAGACCAAAACUGAAGAACUACUGACUACCAAUAGAGAUAAGGGCAAAGAGAUCCUGGACCUGCAGGGCAGUCUGAAGAGCAGCAAUGAGCAGGUGACCAGGCUGGAAAGUCAGCUCCCUCUUCUGAGGGAAACCAGUGAGAGCCAGAAUAAAAGAGCUGAAGACCUCAACAACAAACUCAAGCAGGCAAAAGAUGAGCUGAGUGCCAUGGAGGAAAAAUACCGCAACGAGCUCAACGCCCACAUCAAAUUGUCUUCACUUUAUAAGGGGGCAGCAACUGAUAUGGAAGCUAAGAACCAAGAACUGGGCCGAGCAGUAGAGGAGUUCAGCAAGCUGGUUAAAGACUCGGGAGAAGCCAAUAAGGCUCUCGAGAAGAAGAUGUCAGAGGGUGAAGAGCUGAAGGUGCGACUUGAGGCAGAACUCAAGGAGAAAAUCAAGAAAAUGGAGAAGGAGCUGGAAAAUGCUACAAUGAAGGCUGCAGGCAAACAAUGCUGCAAACCUUUGUUGACUGAGGAACAGUUGGACUCCUUGUGUCCGUCAGCGGCUGCCAUCGCCGCCAUCGUCAAACCUGGGAUGAAGUUCUUUGAUCUGUAUAACGCGUAUGCCGAGUGUCAGACGCAGCUGCAGCUUGAAAAGCAUGAGACCGGCAGAGUUAGCAAGGUCCUUGAUGAGAUUGUCCACGAGGUGGAGUCCAAGGCUCCUGUCCUCAAGCGCCAGAGAGAGGAGUAUGAGAGCAUGCACAGGUCCAUGGCAUCCCUGUGCAACAAACUGGAACAAGCUCGGAGUGAGAUCUAUAGUUUGCAGAAGGAGAAGGAGGAGGCCAAGCAGUGCUGUGAUGUCAUGGAGAGAGACAAGCUGAGGACAGAGAGACAGCUGGAGGAUACGUCUGCACAGUUGUGUGCUCUUCUGGUGGAGCUGGAGGAAGCCAGAGGCAACCAGGUGACGAAGGACGACGGCAGCUCCGCGGACAUAUCCAGCACCUCCGAGGUCGUCAGCCCGCACCAGUUUUCCUUCCGCAGUGUGGCAGAUCUCCAGAGCCAAAACCAAAGCCUGAUGGGAAGAUUGAGGGAGCUGGAGGAGGAGAAGGACAGGCAGCAGACCACUGUAACAUCAGCACGCAUAACAGAACUGGAGUCUCUAGUGGAUAAACUUAAGAAGGAGGUGGAGCAGCUGACGGAGCAGAAGAACCAGCAGAAACAGCUGGCAGACUCCAGCGCCAGGCAGAGGGACAUGUACAAAGCUCUGCUCACUCAGAGCACCGGCCUCAGCCUGCCCCCUCAAGGUGGAGACUCCUCUCCCCACCCAGCUACUCGCUCAACUCCUCAGAGAGCUGCAGCUGCAGAGUCACAGACUGCCCAGACAAAAGCAGCAUUAAAACAGCUCAAUGAUUCCUUCAUUCUGUACAAGAAAGAGAAAGCAGAGAAUGACAAGAUGCUGAAUGAAACAAACGACCGGCUGCAGAAGCAGCUGACUGAACUCCGCUGCAGUCGAGCCAAGUUAAACUCUCAACUGGAGUUCAGCAGCAAGAGGUAUGAGAUUCUCCAGGAAACUGUAUCGGCCUACCGCAGAGAGAUCACCGCCUUACAGGAGAGAAACCAAAAAAUGGCUGCGACAGCCCAACGACACGAGCACAUUAUCCUCACGAUGAGCCAGGACCUCAGACAGACAAAUGAAAAACUGGCACUGGAAGAGGUGCGUGUGGAGAACUUGGGUAAAGAAAAGAAUAUGUUAAGACAAGUGGAGUCUCGACUCAGCCGCGAGAAGGAAGCGAUGCUGGCCGAACAUCGUAACCAGAACCUGUUGCUCACCAACCUCAAGUCUAUACAGUUGACCAUGGAGCGUACAGAGACAGAGACUCGCCAACGACUUAACACGAGAAUAGAGCAACUGGAGGCAGAACUUUCUUCAAUGAAGACCAAGAUGGACCAGGAAGUUGCACAGAGACAUACCCUAGGACGCAACAUGGAUGCUCAACUGUUGGAAGCAAAGAAGCAGCUGGAGACCCAAAACACGCUUCAGCAGAAGACCAGGGAGCUACUGCGUAGCUCUGAGCAGCAGGUGGCCAUGCUGAAAACCCAGCUGGCUUCUGCUUCCUCCUCUGAGGCUGUUGCCACCUCAGGCAACACAACCGCUCCAGCUACCAGAGCUGCAGGCCUUAGAGCACCACUGAGAGUGCGGUCUCCGGUACCAGCAGCUUCUCAGCAGUCCAACCAGGCAGACCAGGAACUCUCAGAGGUGAAAAGUCUUUUGCAAAGUGCUGAAGAACAGAAGUCUCAAUUAGCAGAGCAGCUGAAGAUUGCCAACGCUACAGUAGAACAGUACCGUUCUGUGGUGCUGACUCUGGAGGACAGUCUGAAAAAGGAGAAAGAGUCACGCUCCCCUCUUGAGGUCCGACUGAAGGAGGCAGACAAUGUGCAGAAACUGCUGGAGAAGAGUAUUUUAGAGUUGGAGAAAAUGAAGGAGCAGGAGCAAGAGGAGAGAAGGAAGGCUGUAGAUGUGGUGGAGAAACGGGUGUUGGAGCUGCAGCGCAGUCUGAAGUCGAGCCAGGCUGAGCAGCAGGAGGCGGUGGAGAGGGCAGCUGCUGCUGUCACACAGGAGCAAAAGGCCACGCAGGACAGCCUCCUACAGACUAAACUUGCAGGUGAAGCACAAGCUAAGUAUGAGCGUGAGCUGAUGCUUCAUGCUGCUGAUGUCGAAGCUCUGCAGCAGCUGAAGAAGAGUUCUCAACAAGAAAUGCAACACAAGAGGGAGUUGGAAGAUGAACUGAAGAAGACUAUGUCACUCCUUCAGGAAAAAACAGCAUCCUGGAACACGCUGGAAAAAAAACUGAAGGAGGACUUGUCCAAUCAGAGCCGUCGCUGUGAAGAGCUCGGAAAGCAGAAUGCUCUCCUGCACCAACAGAUGGAUGAAAUGGCCACUAAGAGUCGCCAACCGCAACAGCAGCAGCAGCAUCUUGACCUGUCAUUAAAUGAAGAGGGAAAAACUACUGAACAAAUACUGGAAAUCCUCAGGUUUGUGCGACGGGAGAAGGAGAUUGCUGUGGCUCGACAUGAGGCGUCUGAUGGAGAAGCUCUUCGCUACAAGCAGCGAGUUCAACAUCAAGACAGAGAAAUAAAGGAGCUACAGGAAGCUCUGAAUGCUGAAAGGGAGAAGAUGCAGAUGACAACAAAGACCCUGGCGCAGCAGCAGGAGCAGCUGAAGAGGAUGGAGAGUAUCGGUGCUCUCCAAGAAACCAACAGGAUGCUGAAAAUAGACAAGGAUAAACUGGAGCAGGAGCUGCAACAGGCUCAGGCUAAAGUGACAAAGCUCCAGUCAGACAUUGCCCCACUGCAUAACUCGCUAUCUAUACUGUCCGAGAAAAAUGGCUCCCUGCAGGCUGAUAAGAGACUUUUGGAGGAAGACCUCAAAAGACUGAAGGCCAAAACACAGCAAAUGGUGAACCAACACAAAGAUGGCAAUGUUGAAGAGAAACAGAAACUGAACGCUGAGAGAGAGGCUCAGCAGAAACGCAUCACACAGCUGGCUGAAGAGAUGGCUAAGCUGAAGGCUGAACUGGCCAGAUCCAAUGCAAGCAAUAAUAUAGCCCAGUCCCAGCUGCAAGGCCACAAAGACUCCGUGAACCGCUUGACAUCAGAAAGGGAUGCUGUAAAAAAAGACCUGGAAAAAAAAAACAAUGACAUUGUGGAGAAGAACAAGACCAUCACUCAGGUGAAGAAGAUUGGAAGACGCUACAAGACUCAGUAUGACGAGCUCAAAGUCCAGCAUGACAAGCUGGUCAGUGAAACAGCCGCCAAAGUAGGAGGCGAGGCAGCUCCGAGCCAGGAGGCCCAGCAGGAGCUCAGUAACGCCCAGGAGGAGCUAAAGAAGACUCAAGAGGAGCUGAAAACACUGAGAGAGGAAACGCAGAAAAAACUGGAGGAGGGCCAGAAGUCCCAGCAGGAGGUGGAGGAAGCCCAGAAGGAAAACCAGCAGACCAAGAAGAAGCUCCAGGAGAUCCAAAACCAGCUGACGCAGGUCCAGUCCCAGUUGUCUCAGAGCCAGACUCAAAUUCAGCAGAAUCAGAACCAGUUGACUCAGAGUCAGAAAGAACUUCAACAAACCAAGAACCAGGCCCAACAGCUACAGAACCAGUUAAAAUCCGCCCAGUCUCAAGCCCAAGCCCGCCAGAGCCAGGUUCAGCAGGUCCAGAGGGAGCUCCAGCAGGCUAAAGAAGCGCUUCAGCAGAACCUCAGCAAACAGAAAGAGAUCCAGCAGUCGAGCCAGGCCAGCCAGCAGAGCCACAGCCAGGAGGUGAACGGUCUCAAGUCUGCUCUGAGCCAAGCAGAGGGCAAAAUGACUGAACUUCAAGGCCAACUCGACAGCUUGCAGAAGACUGUUGCUGAGCGUGAAGGAGACAUCAAGGGUUUGCAGGAGCAGCUAACUGAAGCUAAACAGGCUCAGGAAACUUCCCAAGUCACACAGUCAAACCAGAACCAGAGUUCCCAGUCGACCCAGGCCAGCGACGCUAACACUGCUACUGAUGCUAACCAGGCGCUGCAAGAUGAGCUGACGCAACUCAGACAAGAGAUGUCUGAGACCAAGAGCAGGGAGGAGCAGCUAAAACAGCAGAUGGGUGAGAAAGAGGAGAAAACGAGGAAGGCCAUCCUUGGAGCCAAACUUAAAAUCAGUCAAGUGAACAAUGCUAAGGAGCAGCUCAGUAAAGAAAACGAGGAGCUGAAACAGAGUAAAGAGGAGCUGGAGGGGAGGAUGAACGCCCUCAAGUCUCAGUAUGAAGGACGAAUGCUCCGGAUGAACUUAGAGCUGAGAGAAAUGAGAGAGAGCCAGACGCACUCUGACACCAGAGAGGAACCUCAGGACCAGAGUGGAGCCAAGGCGAGUGAUCCAGUGAGAUCUUCAGACCAGCGACAAAUUUCUUUGAAGAGUCCGGCUCAAGACAGAGGAAGCUCCAGCCUCCCUGAGCCUCCCACUGCCAACAUUCGGCCCACCCCAAGUACUCCGUCUCCUAGCAACAAGCCAAGCCCCUCCACUGGUAGCAAGGCCACACCUCGUGCCAGCAUCCGACCAAUGGUUACCCCAGCAACGGUCCCUGUCCCAACACCGACAGCCACUGUUAUGCCAACUACUCAGACUGAAAAUCAAGAGGCGCUAAUAAGUGCAGGAGCCUCUGUACACUCUACAAGCUCUCUGGUAAAUGCUCCCACCUCCAUGAAUCAACCAACCAGCACGCAGGCCACGGCGUUUGUCCAGCCCACUCAGCAGCAGGCAGCCAGUCAGGAUGCAGGAUCCAGCAUGGAGGCAGAACGACCGUCCACGUCGUCCAAUCUGAUUGGAGCAACAGCCUCAAAACGAACCAGAGAGGAUGAGGAAGAGGAAAGCAGGCCAGAGAGUUCCCACACGCCUCCAAUCUCUAAAAAACUACGACUUAAACCAGCAAUAGCACUCCAGAUGGGAAGUGAUGAGGAGAUGGAAGGAGAGUUGAGGGACGAGGAAGAACAACAGAAUUCUCCAGACGACAGUCAGGAGUUCCCAGAGGAAGGCUUCCCAGUCUUGACUGAAGUCGUUGAAGAAGAGGGCAUUUCCCAGUCCGUCCCCUCCGAUCAGGGUUCCCAGUGUUCUGCAUUAAUUCGGGACGUAAUUGUGAUCGACACAGACAGCGAGAGCCGCGAGAGCAAAGAGGGGGAUCAGAAACAGGAUGCUGAAGACGAAGUUGGAGAAGAGCAGGAGGAACAGGAGGAAAGUGAUCAGGACAAUGAUGCCACUGUCAGUGGGAUGAGGAGCGGGGAGGAGAGUAUUGAUGAAAGUAGGGAAGCUGAAGAUGAAAGAGAAGACGAGGGACCGUCAGAAGCCGCCAGCACUGAGGAGGCCGUGUGUGGUGUGACCUCAGGGUCUCAGCGGGCCUCUGAACCAAUGCACAGGGGAGAACCAAGCAGUGGUGUCACGUCUGAGUCUGAAGCCACCAGAGAGCCCAUACAUCAGCCUCCAACCUCCUCCUCCGCGCAGUCGCCUUCCUCAUCCUCCCUCGCGCCCCGGCUGCCCCACACCCGUCGGCCAGCACAUGGCCCCCCGCCUCGGCUGUACAUCCAACCUGCAGCUUCUGAACUGGGACCCCCACAUGCACAGAGACAGUCCUCUCAGCUGCGCCGGCCGUCGUCAGGACGUGGACCUCAACUGACCCCAGGAAUAGCUACUAUGCAGCCUUUCUUUGAUGAUGACGACAGAAUGGUUCCCAGUACUCCCACGCUGGUGGUCCCGCACCGCACAGAUGGCUUCGCUGAGGCUAUACACUCUCCUCAGGUAGCAGGUCUGUCCACCAGGUUCAGGUUUGGGCCUCCAGAAGACCUGCUUUCUCAGACAUCAGCCUCACACUCUGAUCUCGGACAGUUGGCUUCUCAAGGAGGUCUGGGCAUGUAUGAGUCGCCUCUUUUCCUUGCUGCUCACGAUGAAGAUGGAGGCGGAAGGAGUGUCCCUACCACACCUUUACAAGUGGCUGCUCCAGUGACAGUUUUCACAGAGUCCCUGCCUUCAGACAGCGGUGACAAUCAAGCCUCCCAGUCGGUUCCCAUGGUAACUGCUUCCACAGGUAUGGCCACUGCUGCAGAUGACGGCGAUGAAGUCUUCAUGGAGCCAGAAGGGGACGGUCCCGAGUCUUCGCUAGAGAGCCAAGCAGACAUGGAGUCAGCAGGACAGCAAAGUGAUGAUGCAGUGCUGCCGUCAACCAGCCAAGACCCAGACACGAGCAGUGUAACCCAGCGCCGCGCCGUGACGAGUCAGCCGCUGAUCAGCAGCCUCUCUGGUAGAGGAUCCAGAGGUCCGAGGUUACUUCGCAGAGGAACUUUCUCUCGAGGAGGAAGAGGAGGAUCCAUGGGCAGAGGGGGCAUCUCCUAAUGACUUCACCUAUUGUGAUUCAGUUUUCUUAUAAACAUGAACAAAAACAUUUAGAUCACAGAUUCAGUAUGUCAAUAAAAAUCAAUAGUCAUUACUACCGGAGACAGAUGAUUGUUUUUAUGCGUUUCUGUUCUACAGACUUUUUGUGAAAUCCACAAGUUUCAAGUCGUUUUAUUUUUGUUUUUCAUGUUCAUGAGAGAAGUUCUAUAGUUGUUUUUUUGUGUCUGGACUGAUGGUUUGAUAAUAAAGGUGAAUGAUGAGUAGCA